AUGCAUCUCGCCGCCGACCUCCCCCCGCACCGGGGCCGAGGCGGCCCCGGCACGGGGCCCAUCGCGCUCGCUUCCGCCCUGCUCCGGCGCGAGAACCACCGGCGCCGCGCGCUCGCCUGCGGGGCCGUCCUCGCCUCCGCGCUGCUCCUCGUGGCCACGCCGCGGUUCCACCACACCCCUGCGCUCCACCUAUUCGCCGACAUGCGCAAUCUCCUCGGCGUGCCCAACACGCUCAACGUGCUCACCGCCUACCCGCUUCUACUCGCCGGGGUCCCGGGCCUCGUCCUCUGCCUCUGCGGCAGCGGGUGCUUCGGCGUCAGCUUGAGGUGGGAAGCCUUGGGAUGGUUCCUCUUUUAUGCUGGGAAUGUAGCAGCAGCAUUUGGCUCGGCUUACUAUCACCUCAAGCCAGAUGAUGACCGCUUAAUAUGGGACAGGUUGCCGAUGAUGAUAUCCUCCUCCUCACUUUUGUCAAUAUUAGUAAUUGAAAGAGUUGAUGAGAGGGUUGGGCUAUCUUGUUUGAUCUCACUCCUAUCUCUUAUAUUAGUGAGCAGUGCAUGUGAAAGGGUUCUUGAUGAUAUGCGUUUAUGGGUGAUUCUAAACUUUGUUCCUUGCAUCGCCAUUCCUGCAAUGCUAUUCUUGUUUCCUCCCAAGUAUACACAUUCAAGGUUUUGGUUCCUUGCUACAGGCUUUUACCUUCUGGCAAGAUUUGAAGGCCUUGCUGACAGGAAAGUUUACAGUGUGAACCGGUACUUCAUUAGCGGCCAUUCCCUGGAGCACCUUUGCUUUGCCCUGGUGACGUUUAUACUAACUGUGAUGCUGUCCUUCAGAAAUAUUAAGAUUGCCAGCGCCGUCCCAUGGAACAAGCUCCUCCGCGACCACAUCGCCGGCUCCCGCCCGGGCCUCGCCCUCGCGCUCUACCGCCUCAUGCGCGCGCUCUCCCCCGCGCUGCCCAGCUCCUACACGCUGCCGCUCGCCCUCCGCGCCGCACCUUCCUGGCGCCUCGCCUCCGCCGUACACGCCCACGCGCUCCACCUCGGCCUCCACGCUCACCCGGACGUCGCCGGCCAGGUCCUCGCCGCCUACACCAGGCUCGCCCGCGCGGCCGAGGCCCGCCGCGUGUUCGACGCAUUGCCGGUGAGGAGGAGCACCCUCUCCUGGAACACGCUCAUCUCCGCGUGCUCCGUCGGGCUCGGGUGCGACCCCGACGCGGCGUGGGCCGCGUUCGCGCGCAUGGUGGUGGCCGGGGCGCGCCCGGACGCCGUGACGUGGACCACGCUGCUCUCCGUGCACGCGAGGUGCGGGAGGCACCCAGAGGCUCUUCGACUGUUCGGGGACAUGCACCGCAGUGGGUGCGAGGGCAAUGCCGAGGCCGUCGCUGUGGCGCUCUCGGCGUGCCCGUACGCCUGCGGCCCUGCACUGGCGAGAGGGAGGUCGAUAUGCCUAUGGCUUUGUGAAGAGCGUCGUCCAUGGCUACCUCUUGGAGAGAUGGAGGCGGCCGAGAAGGUUUUCUGGGAUGCUGGGGCAAAGAAGAAUGCCGUGACAUGGAAUGCUCUCAUCACUAGCUACGCUGCUGCUGGGUUGUGCGGUGAGGCGCUCGGUGUGCUUGCCCAGAUGGAACAGUGUGGAGGCAUGGUCGCUCCCAAUGUCGUGGGCUGGAGUGCUGUCAUUGGUGGGUUCGCGUCAGCAGGGGACAUGGAGCAAGCACUGCAGCUGUUCCGACAAAUGCAGCAACAGUGGCUUUUGCCCAACGUGGUGACAUUAGCGACAGUUCUUUCAGCUUGCUCAGAAUUGCUGGCGUUGCGGCUGGGUCAGGAGGUCCAUGGUCACACGAUCAAAGCAGCCCUAGACCGCCACUCGCUGGUCCAGAACGGUCUGGUCAACAUGUACGGAAAGUGUGGGAGGGUGGCUGCUGGGCGCAAGGUGUUCGACCGGAUGAAGAGCAGGGACUUGAUUUCAUGGAACUCGAUGAUUGGGAGUUAUGGCACGCAUGGUUUGUGUGACGAAGCCCUUGCAAUGUUCCAAGACUUGACCGGGACUACAGUUGAGCCUGACGGCGUUACAUUCGUCGCUGUGCUGUCUGCGUGUAGCCACACAGGGCGCGUCGCAGAGGGCCGCCGCUUGUUCAACCAGAUGGUCUGGGAACACAAGAUCUCCCCAACCAUGGAGCACUACACCUGCAUGGUUGACCUCCUGGGGCGUGCCGGCCUGCUGAGGGACGCGUCUGAGCUCAUCGAGAUGAUGCCAAUGAGGCCGGACCUGUGCAUGUGGGGAGCGCUGCUUAACGCUUGCAGGACUCACGGGGAUGCCACCGUGGCCGAAGCUGCCAUAGCCAAAGUUCUGCAGGUUGAGACGGUGACCACCGGCAAUCACACGCUGAUCACAAACCUGUACGCCGCGUGCGGGAUGUGGGACGAUUCCAAGAGGGUGAGGGUGAUGACGAAGGAGGCAGGGUUGAGGAAGAAUCCGGGGCAGAGCUGGAUUGAAGUGAGGAACAAGGUGUUCUCCUUCACGGCCGGGAGCACGCCGCUGUCUGAAGCUGAGGAGGUUUUCAGGGUGCUUGACGAUCUGUAUGGGGAAAUGGAAGACGAGACGCGUGCCAUGUAUGAUGCCAUUGCAAACAUUGUGUAG